AUGAGCAGGAACAGCACCGACAGCUUGCAGACGCAGGACCCCGUCCCCGUCUCCGAGUCCACUACCUUGCUCAACCACGACCACGACAACAGCCGCCGGGGCGAUCUCGAACAGCACGACGAUAGCCACCCCGUCUCGUUUGGCACCGUCAUCAAGCAAGGAAACAUGGCGAGGAGCGCGCUGCCCGUUCAGCUUCUGGCGCUGGCCUUUAUGGCGCUCGUGUGGCGCAUGGUGCUGCUCAAGAUGCCCCUCUCGUCGCUGCCCCUGUUUGGCUACCACCCGCUGCUCCAGUCGCUCUCGCUGGUGCUGCUGGUCCAGUCGAUCCUGGUGCUGCAGCCCACGACGCAGCACGAUCCGGCGCGCAAGCUCCGCGCCAUGCAGGCCCACCAGGUGCUCAACCUCGGCCUCGCGCUGCCCCUCUUCACCGCCGGCGCCACCAUCAUGUGGUACCUCCACGACCAGCCCGGCUCCGCCCACUUUAUCUCGUGGCACGGCAUCCUCGGCACCGUCGCCGUCAGCUGGGCCUGGGUCCAGGCCGCCAUCGGCGCAGCCAGCGUGUGGUUCGACGGCGCCCUCCUCGGCGGCGGCGCGCGCGCCAAGCGCAUCUGGAAGUGGCACCGCCUCUCGGGAUACCUCCUCCUCCCGCUCUUUUUCCUCGUCGCCGCGCUCGGCGUCGCAGAGACCACCUGGGCCAGGAACAACUCGGACGCCGUCGUGCGCGUCGCCAUCGUCGCCGCACUCGCCCUCGCCAUCGUCCUCGUCGUCAUUCGCCUCAAGCCCAGCAAGCUGCCCAAGCUCGUCUGA